AUGGUAUUAAAUGUAGCUUGUUUCUUCUCACAUUAUCUUGUAUAUAAUACUACUUCCAACAAUCAUUCUAAUACUGAUAAAAACAAUCAUAACUCUGAAAUUACUCAUCAACCUAAUUUAGUUCUAAUCAGUUUAAAUGGUCUAAUCUGGUAUCAAGGUAAUAUAUUAGCUGGUACUAAUGAUCCAGAUCCAUUGGGUCAAUUAAAUUGCCUUCAACAAACAUUUGAAUGGGCAAGAAAACGAAAGGAUAAAGAUCCUGAUCAUCAUUUGUAUCCGGAUCAACAUAUUCUUAUCUCAUUAUCAUUACCAAAUCAAACUGAUCAAAAGUUAUAA